CUAUCAUCGUUGGCAGAUGUGAUUCUCCUUAUGAAAGCAUAUUGUAGAAGAUACCGAAUAUGCUUCAUCUUAGUCUUUGUUUGUUUAUUGUCUAGAAAUGUAAGACAUAAACCUGUUACAAAUUUCAAUCCUAGGAAAAUCUUAAGCAUUAGCAUUUGCUGAAAAUCAAUCUUAUAUUUUCAUUUAGAUAAUCAGUAUUAUGAUGGCACAAUAAGCAUUAUGAAUGUUUUGAAUAUUUCCUGAUAGAUGCAUUCAAGUUUCUUAGAAAAUGCUAUUCUAGAGUUCAAAGAUUGUUUUAAAAGUUUGAAGCAUGAACACAAAAUAUGUGAAGAAAUGAAGCAAGUAAUAGAGGCGAAUGAACUUCAAAGUUUAAAGCCUAUUAAAAACAAAGAAAGAAAGAAAGCAAGUAAUACAGAUACACUCACCGAGUAACGACGCGAGACAAGACACAACACUUAUUCAGGGUGUCGACUUCCUUGAAAAUCAGGGAAAUUCAGAAAAUUCAAACAAUGUCAGGAAAAACCAGGAAAUAUCAGAGAAUUUCGUCACCAAUCUGGAAAUAAUGAAAUUCCGCCAAUUAGAAUUCUGGUUAUUGCAGUAAUUAGAAAGUCAAUGAUACCAAAUGGUUGUAUUUGACUAGUUUGACUCUCUGUAGGUUUUCAGUAUGUGUUGUUUGCUUUUGCCUGUAGGUGAACUUAGUCCUUCUGAAGGGUAAACAGCGCAAAAGUCCUUUUACAUCCGCGCUAUUUUUACUGGCAUUUGGCAUCAGUAUCUGCAGUUCAGCUUCAACCGAUUUCCUUCCUUUUCUUCUUCGAAAAUUAUUGAUAAAUUCAUGCUUAAAAAGAUGAGAUUCUGUAGUGUCUGGAAACAGUUAUGCGUCACAAAUCACUCCGCACUGCUGAAUAAGACAUGGUUGUAUUGAGAAGAAUGUUUCAUGACAGCCAGAAAACUGAGCUUUAUGUUGAUGUUUGGCUUGAUGAAACUUUGUAAGCGAUACAUUGUCGUUGGUUUCGACGUGUCUUUGGACAAGACUACAAAGGGGCUACAUAUAUAUAUCUGUAUGCCCGAUUUUGGGAUGAUGAAGAGAAAGAUUUGGUAAAUCAUUACAUGACGGCAGUUGGGCAGUUUUCUCAAGCAUCAGAGAUCAACUUGCAGCUUUUGAAGAAGGGCUGGGAAUUAUGUAUUUGAACAAACUUCUUGUGUCGAUGGGUGGUUUAAACGUGAAUUGGUCAUAUUACACGAGCUGCAACAGGUCUUUCAAAAAAGAGAAGAAAAACUUUUAAAUUUGGGUAGCUUCGGAUUGCAUAUUUUACACGGUUCAUGGAUGGAUGAAAAAAAACUCGUCAAAAUUUUACGACAGACAAAUCUUUAAAUUUCGUCCGAUAUGCGAAGCACUGGUUUACGGAACUUUCUACCAAAGAUGGUCUUUUGUUUCUCGUGUGGAAACCCAAACUUUGAGAGUGCUUUUCCGUUAAUAGCGAAUGUUUUUUUUAUAAAACCAUGUGGGAGGAAACGGAAACGGCUAUGGGAAGCAGAAGCGAAAUCUCUGGAGAUAAAACGAAGAAAAUUUUAAAAAUCACACAGAAGGAUUGGAAAGAUUGCGGGAUAAAACAUUUCGGUAAAAUCGUAACAGUUUCAUGAAAUUGAUCCGAAUCAAAAUGAAAAUGUCUUAUUCUGUACUAGUACUUAAGACUCCUUCAAGAUAACUUUGAACUGUAUUAGUAAAUCCUUUUUCUAUCUUUUACAACACUUCUCAGUCGUCGUUUAACUUAAUAAAAUUAAUUGUUUAAGAUAACUAAAUCUUUUAGAAACCUCAGGUACAUUACUAUUUGAGAAUUUGAUUACUUGUCUACAUUUGGAAUUUUUCUGAAAAACUACUGGAAAAUCAGGGAAAUCAGGGAUUCGGAUUUUCAGUCGACACCCUGUUAUUGUUCUUACAAUUCAAACGGAUUGAAAUUCAUCUUAGUUGCUGACUUGUUUUGUAGUGUGUGUCGCUACAGUUAGAACAUUUUUUUUUAUUUUCCAUGACUGUUGUAUGCUUAUACAUACUAUAAAAUAUAUACUGAGAAUUUGUAACUUUGAAUCUUUCCGCUGAUAAUUUUUCAAUCUUUUUAAGUUGGGAUCAAAACCGUUGAAGCUGCUUCUGAAGUUUAUUUAGUUCGUCUUCUACUAGCAUGUGUGUAUUACUUAUCAGCCCACCCUCGUACUUUACAUUUUAUACUGCGUUUCAUAACUAUAGAAACACUUCAUUUUUCUGAUUUUCCAGAGAUAUGUAAAAGUCGGUUGAAAUGAAGUAUAUAGUGUAGAAUACAAUAACUAUCUUCAUUUAUAAGACUGGCCAUUCGAGCUUUAUUGUUGUGUUCCAGGCGCGAAACAUUAAAAAAACUAAAAUUCCAGUGUUUCAUAACUAUAGAACCAGAUGGAAAAACUUUCACUUUUUUGCAAAGUUAAAAAUUUCACAAUGAAUUCCAAUAAGUUUUUAGUUCGUAGGUUCUCUUUUUCUUCUUCUUCUUCUUCUUAAAUGGCACUAACGUUCCUAGAGGAACUUCGCCGUCUCAACGUAGUAUUACUUGCGUCAUUUUUACUAGUACUUAGUUGAGAUUUCUAUGCCGGAUAACACGCCUUGAAUGUAUUCUGAGUGGCAAGCUCUAGAAUACGCGUGACCACAGUGCAAGACGGAGGAAAUUUCUUCGACGAAAAAUUCCCUUGUCAAGAACGGGAAUCGAACCCGAACCUCCGGCAUGUUAGGUGUGACACUAACCACUCGGUCACGGGAGCACAUAAUUUUUAGUUCUCAACCAGUUCAAAUAACCCAUUUGGGGUGGUUUCAACCAAGCCGCGCCAUUUUGUAGUGUGUAUCUCGUUCUACGCAGAGUAUACUGCACGUUUAAGCUCUUCAAAUCACUCAUACUGCUUGUAAUUAUUCGUACGAUCACUCAUCAUGAGUUCUUGACAAGGUUUCGAUCUGGUGAACAAGCUGACCAGCUGAAGCCCCUUCUCAUUAAACUAUGCCACGUCUUUCCGGAUUGUAUGAAUUGAUGCCGAAUUACCAAAAUGCAAAAACAGAAGUAAAUAUUUCAGUAUUACUUCAUUGCACUUCUGACUGUGCAUUCGUAUUGAUGAAAAGCUAUCUGAACCAGGCCAUUUUGAAAAUAUUUUCCUCUUAUACUUGUUAACGGUACGGUGUUAACGGUUUUUCGUCGAGUUGCUUGUAGCAUCAUUAUUGUACCGCUGCACUCUUCUUAUUCACAUCAGAGCAUAACAUAAAAGUCGAACGAUUACUGGAGAACACCAAUAGAAUCUCGGAUAUGAGUGGUACCGGCAACGCUCACAGUAAAAACAGUGGGAAUACUGGCCUGUCUAGCGUUCCGGAUUUCUAUGUACAUUCCAGCUUGAGUAGCGUCAAUAAUAUUAAGCAGGAGUCUGCCUCGCCCAGUCCGUCCCCGUGCACAAUUUCCAUGAUGGACGCGUUAAGUAACAAUCCCAUUCUGACAACCGCCUCAGUACCAAUUCCUUCGCGCAACGCAAAUCAACGGUCGAUGAUUACGGAUCUUUCGGAAUAUAUUUUUGACAUUGAACAAUCUCAGUCUCCACAAACGCUGCAAGAUAUUAGCUUUAUAUCAUCGGGCGCCCAUUCCAACUUUAGUGCAUCGACUCCAGUGGAUACAAUCUUUGCUCUGCAGAAUAUUUCCGAAAGUGGGUUCGUAAGCGACAGCAUUCAACUCGGUACCAUCAAUGUCAGCAGCUUUGGAGGAACAGAAAUAUGGAGUACUGACACGUUUGGCCAAAUUAUAUCUCCCUCGUCAACGGUUUCUUCUGUGACCAACAUUGACGGUCAACAGGGUCAAUUUCAUAUGGAUGAAGACGAUAUCUAUCAGCUGGGAAAGGAUGAACUCAUAAGUGACCCUACGCUGGGGGAUAUUUUCGCAACCGACCUGCUUCACGAGGAUCUAAUGUUAUUGAACCCUUCAUUGAGUCACCCAUCAUCGAAUCUUAGCGGUGACAGUGGAAGUGGAAGUGCAAUCCAUCUAUCACCUAGUGUGCCCCAACAAAUUUUGCGAUCAAAUGCAAACGCAAACUCCAACAACAAUAUGAUGUUGAAUGCCGCAAGUAAUUUGCAUCAAAUGACAAGUGAUUAUUUGCUUCCUACGACAUGCGAAGUCUAUGAUGACCACAUCCAGAUUUCAACAUCGCCAUACAAUUCGAACAGUUUCAACUCACCGGCAGCGUUUUCUCCUGGUAGUCACAGUUCUAGUCCGUCCUUGGGUUUCACGCAAACACAGACGCCUCCGCCACAGAAUAGGCUUCAACAGAAAAUACAGUUGAACGUUCUGAACAACAACAAUCACAUGGGUAAAACUGAACAGAAGGAAAAGGCCAAUCCCCAGGGCGUGUCCAAUAACAAUAGUCAUACCAGUGGCAAUACGGGACAGGUACAGUACAACCCGAAAUAUUCGACUCUGCAGCAGCUGUUGAUGAGCAACACAGGAGAUAGGGGAGGAAUGCUACUCGGUCAAUCGGUACCCGGAAACUCCUCGGUACUGAUGAGUGGAACCUCACUUAGCCCUGGUGGCUUCAGUGGCCGUCGAAUGUUGCACCACAUGCAAGCUCAGGCUGGAUCUAGUCAUUCGGGAAUCGGGGGUGCCGGAAGUGGUGGUGGCACAAGCGGAGGUACGAUGUCGAGACUAUCUUCUUCGGCGCCAACUCACGUGGGAACGGACAUAUUGAUGUGGCAGCGUCGUGAGCCACGACCUCAUUUACUCUCAACCGGUAGCUUGGCCGAGGCAGGAUCGACUUCGUCACUGAGCACCGGUAGCAUUCUUAGCCCGGAAGCGCCCGAUUUUUCGCAUGACGAAGGGUACUCCGACGAUAGCGAUCAGUACAAGGACUAUUCCAGUGAUGAAGACGAUUCGGACACAGAAGACACCACCAAGGCAUCAGGAUCCACGUCAAUCGGUAGCUCGAAAUCGAAGAGGUACUUCUGGCAGUACAACGUGCAAGCCAAGGGCCCGAAGGGCCAGCGGCUGGUUAUAAAAACACAAACAGAAGAUCCCCACGUGUUGAACGAAGUUACUGAUCCCGUCUUCAGCCCGAACUGUUCUGUGCGUGGAAUCAAGAACCUUCGUUUACAGCACAGUGGCAAGGCACGCAAGGGCGACGGGAACGACUUAACACCAAAUCCGAAAAAGUUGCACAACAUCGGCAAGGAGCUGGACAAGCUCGGCCGAGUGAUCAACGAUAUGACUCCAGUGAGUGAGCUUCCGUUCAAUGCGCGGCCCAAAACGCGCAAAGAGAAAAACAAACUUGCCUCGAGGGCGUGCCGUUUGAAGAAGAAAGCCCAGCACGAGGCCAAUAAAAUUAAACUGUACGGGCUUGAAACUGAGCACAAGCGACUAAUAAAUGGCCUCAACUACAUGAAGCAAAUUCUAGUGACCAAAUGUAGCCAAGGUACAACGGAAAACGCAGAUGAAUAUAACCAAAAGCUUGAUAACAUUGUUAAAUCUGCCACCAAAAUAAAAAUUGCCGGAAACUCAACAGAGUUUGUAAACAAAAUUUUGGAGAAUAUCAAAGCCGGUAACAGUGUGAAUCUGGAUAAAGUACUGGAGGAAUUCUAAGUUCAGCUGGUGAGAUUUUUAACCAUGAGCGAUUAACAAACUGAUGAUUCGAAUGAUGAGACUGUAAGAUAAUACUAGGAUUAGCAAGAGAGAGAGAAAGAGUAUAAUUUUUAUUGCUUAAAACAGUAAUGUUGCCCAGCCACAUUGAAAUGUGAACACGAACACUAUACAUAUAUCUAAUCCUUUUUGUACAGUGUACUUUGAGCACAAGAUGGCCAUGAAUAAUAACACAGCAGAAAAAUCAAGCCACAGCUGAUAUCAGGGAGCGAGAGCACUUUUUUGUAAUGAUUUAGUAGCCUGGAGCCAGUGAAACUGGCCGACUGAAAGUGGUGAUAUCUGAUAGCGGUUCAACCGAGUGAUAAAACUGUGAAUGUGUUUGUUCCAGCUCAGGAUUUUUCUGUAGAUUUGAUAACGAGAGACAGAGAGAGAGAUAACACGGAGGAAGUGCUCUUUACAGUUUGUUGAGAUUAGGCGCUCGAUAAAAAAAAUAAUCAAGAGUGUAAAGUUGUGAGAUAUUUUAAUCAAUCUUUCCAAAUCGAAUGCAUGGGCACAGAUGACUGACCGGUAUCUGAUAUUUAGCCAGGUUCGAGUUCAUCAUCUAGCUACGUGGAACGAAAAAAAUAUGGAACUUCUGAUGAUAACGUAUGUACCUUAUAUAUUUAUAUUAUUGAUUACUUCUAAGUAUCCAGUUUGUAUAAUUAUUAUAUUAAGAGAAUAUAUUUUAUUCAGAAAGGAGUGGUAGAGUUAAGCAAAAUAUGAGGAAAUGUUAAAGAUUUGGAGCUGGUAUGAAUUUACUAUCGCAGCUGUUCACAUUAUUUCGCCCACAUUAUUAUUAUGUAGGGGUGUCCGAUAUAUGAGCAUUGUUCUAAGUAUACACAAUAGACUAGCACCUUUUUAUUUCUUUUGCUACAGAAAAGUGAAAAAGAUCGUGUUUUGUUCUGUAAAUUACAGAGAGUUAAUGAAUAGGCGUUGCUUUUAAAUUCGGGUGUAUAAAAGUCGAUGGAUAGUUUUCACUUUUUUAUUAAAUGAUGGUUCCAAUGGCGAAUAGGGAACUGUGUCAACCACGAUGAUGUCCAUGUUUGUUUAAUGCAGAUGAGCGAGGUAUUCGGCACAAAGAAUUCAUUUCAAAUGAAUCAGUAAAUCAUUGCAUUUAAGACAUCAUGUUUGUUGAAACACUUUGCUCUUCCCCAGUUUUGUUCUAUUUUUCCAUUUUCUAAUUUCUAGUUUGUUCUAAUUUAACGACAUCUGUGAUUAUCUUUGUUAGUGAGUGUCCUUUUUGGUUUUUCCCUUGUUAGUAUUAGGAAUAGGCUUUGUUUAAGAAAGGCAUAUUUUAGGUAUUAGGAAUAUAAAAUUUGGAAACGAGGAUUGGUACUAUUAAAAGUCAUUGAAGUUUGAGACAGCGAACAGAUAUUAGACGGUUCCUAAAAUUGCUUGAGUUGUUUUGAAGAUAGUAUGGUUAUUCUUUAUAUAAGAUUUAUGCUUAUUAGGAUAUUUCGUUCAUAUAGAGCCGGACUCAUGUAAUGGUAAGACUUGCAUUUCAUUGUAUUUUGACCAAUUGCGUGAACAAUAAACCCAAUUUUUGAACCCAUUUUCCAUACUUUUAAAAUGCCAUACGAGAUUGAAACAGCGAAGGGAAUAUUUUACAGAAUGUGAAUAUUGCACAUCAUAUGAAGAUACCUUAAUGAAAAUCAUUUUGUAGGUACCUGUGUGAAUAAAAAACAAAAAAGAAUAUUUAGGGGCUCGUAAUUAGUUUUAAUGUAUACUGGAAAGUAAAUCUGGUCGAUACUUCUACCUCAUCAAAUUGACAAAAUAAAAAUAACACGGUAAAGAUGGUACCAAAUACGAAACGAAAAAUUAACAAAAAAAACACUGAAUGUAAAUCAUACAAUGUUUAUACCAAUUUCGACAACGCAACGACAGAGUACGUGUAUGAGUAUGCCAUAAAGAAAAAGAUGUUGAACAAAUAUGUCUCACAAAACAAGAACGCAGCAUAUGAAAACACGAAAUGACUCGGAAUUUCUUCAUUACCCAACGAUUUCUGAUUAACAAAGAGAAAUAAAGGUUGAGCAUUGCUGUAUAGUACCAAAA